AUUACUGCCAUCAUCUUUCACGUUCUUUUUGUUCUGUUCGCUCCGUCUCAUUUCUUUACCUUUUCUUUUCCGUGUUUGGCUACCGGGAAAUAGUUUUUGCCAUUUCUCUUAUUUUCCAGUUUUUCUCUCGGUUGAUGGUUUGUUGAAUCUAUAUUUCUUUAACAUACACUACAUAUAUAUUGCAUUUAAACACCGACUACUUGUUGAGAAUUUUCACAGAGGUUUUAGAGAGGGAGAGAAUGGAAGGGAGGAAGCAAGUGUCGUCAUCGUCUUAUUCUUCUUCUUCCUCCUUGACCUCUGAGCUUUUCGGGUCCAAAGAAUCGUCGUUGUCAUCCACGGGGAUUUUUGGAUCCAUAUUUGAGCCUUCGUCCAAGGUCCUAGGCAGGGAAUCUCUGCACUCUGAGGUGACUGAGAGAAAGCAUGAUUCAAAGAAUGAGUCAUGGCAGGCAAAGCCUGGAGCAGAUGAUACCUCGAAAAGCAGUGACAGCGAAAGUCAGUGCAUGCCAAAUAGAGACAUGAGUUCCAUUUAUCAGGAGCAAAGAGUACAGCCAUGUCAUCUCAGCUCAUCAAUCUAUUAUGGUGGCCAAGACAUCUAUUCUCAUCCCCAGAGUACCCAGAGCUCUUUGUAUAAGAAAGAUGGGGGAGAAGAUGAUUCAGAGACUGCUUCAAGAGGAAACUGGUGGCAAGGGUCUCUCUAUUAUUAAGAGCCCACUUGCCUAUGCAUAUAUUUACUAAGGUAUUAGGUACAUGGGGUAGCCAGCUUAAACCUACCUUUUCUUAUGCGGAAGAUAGACGAUAUUAUUCAGAUCGUUGCCACCGCUGGUUAUUGCUUCUUCCAGCUAAACAACAGAAUCGUUUGAUGAACCUACAGGUGGAUGCAACUUAUAUUUUAUUUAUUGGACAAAAGAAAAAAAAAAUCUGUAAUUGGUCUUUCUAAUAUAAAGGAUAUUUGCUUUUGGAAGACUUCAUUUUCUAUCAGGUACUUUAAUAUGGUUGAAACUUUGAAGAUGUAGUGUCAGUUAUCCUUAAUAUAUGGCUGAACUUCUUUCUU